ACAAAUAAAAGCGGGCAACAAUGUCAGAAAAAUCAUUGCAAUCGAAAAUGCUUUCUACUGUAUUUUUACUUGCAACUCUAAUUGCAUUUGCUUCUGCCGAUGGAUAUACCUGUGCCGGAAAUACGCUGAUAAAUCCAUUUCUGAAUCUUUCGGAGCCCUACUACUAUCCAGGGACAUGGCGAGAAAACAUGGAACCAGCUGAAUAUGCUCCAGAUCAAAAGUGUAACUGGAAGAUCAAUGUUCCUCAGGGAACGUACGCUACUGUUAUUUUCUACAAGAAAACCCAGUACGAGUCGGGGAUUAAGUGUGCUUAUCCAGGCAAGGACCUUGAAUAUAUUUCGGACAAUGAUCAAAAUCCAUACAUUUUCACGUCCCCACAAUUUCAAGUCGACUUGAAAGUUGGUGAUAAGCCAGGAGAAUUUUCUUUCAAGGUUGUCUGGUCAAAAUAUCCUCCGGGAAGUCGAAUGAACAUGCAAUUGGACGGAAUUCACUCUUUGGCAGGUGUUGCAUCUUCUUUCUACACCACAUACACUGCAAUCAAUCGAGUGAUGCUCGUCGGCUUCUCAAUUCCAGAUUUCGAUUCUGCGGUUCUCCGGCAAUCAGCUAUUUACGAUGGUGAUUCCGUGAAUGCGAAGUACCUUGGCAAUUUAAUCGAUACACUUCACGGACAGAUUGUCUCAACUGGCAACAAGCUUACGAUCUAUACUUUUGGAUUGGAGAAUCAUAUCAAUAAUACUCUUUUCAUGGGAUUGGAUACUGCGGCUGCUGGGGAUAUUCAAAAAUACAACGGAUUGAACUGUCCCGCUGAUACAACAAGGGGAUGUUCUAUAAUUCUUCAAUCGUAUUUUUAUGCGACUGCUGUUGCUAAAAUCUCCAGACAACCUGAUUAUUUGAUGCUACCGAAUGCUUUUCCAUACAAUGCAAACGUGAGAGUCUAUGGAGACAAGAUGGAUAUCAACUAUCAAACCUUUGGAAACUACACCCAAGGAUUUGAAGUUGAUAUUCUCACCACAAAAAAUGGAUAGAUAUUUUUCUUAAAUGCAUUCUAAUAAAGAUAAUUAAUUUUUC